UGUUUUCUCACCCUUCCAUAGGUUCAUACUUUCCGAGGGCCUCACUGGUGCGAGUAUUGUGCCAACUUCAUGUGGGGCCUCAUAGCCCAAGGGGUCCACUGCUCAGACUGUGGGCUGAACGUACACAAGCAGUGUUCCAAGCUGGUGCCCAGCGACUGUCAGCCAGACCUGCGCAGGAUUAAGAAGGUGUUCAGCUGUGACCUCACUACCCUGGUCAAGGCCCACAACACCACACGGCCCAUGGUGGUGGACAUGUGUAUCAAGGAGAUAGAACUACGAGGUCUGCAGUCUGAGGGCCUCUACAGAGUGUCUGGCUUCUCAGAGCACAUUGAGGACGUGAGGCUCGCCUUUGACCGAGAUGGCGAGAAGGCAGACAUCAGUGCCAAUGUGUACAAUGACGUCAACAUCAUCGCUGGAGCUCUGAAGCUCUAUCUGAGAGACCUGCCCAUUCCAGUCAUCACAUUCCACGUGUACUCCAGAUUCAUACAAGCUGCAAAAAUUCCCAACCCAGACACCAGACUGGAGGCUAUCCACGAGGGGCUGCUGCAGCUCCCGCCAGCCCACUACGAGACCCUACGCUACCUGAUGAUGCAUCUCAAGAAGGUCACCAUGUUUGAAAAGGACAAUUUCAUGAAUUCUGAGAACCUGGGGAUUGUGUUUGGUCCGACGUUAAUGCAGCCGCCUGAACAGAACGCCCUGGCCACUCUGAACGACAUGAGGCAUCAGAAACUCAUCAUACAGCUCCUGAUAGAGCAUGAAGACGUCUUGUUUUGAAGGGCUGGAGCCCUGUCUGUUGCUGGGCAGGAAGGGCUGGAGCCCUGUCUGUUGCUGGGCAGGAAGGGCUGGAGCCCUGUCUGUUGCUGGGCAGGUAGGGCUGGAGCCCUGUCUGUUGCUGGGCAGGUAGGGCUGGAGCCCUGUCUGUUGCUGGGCAGGUAGGGCUGGAGCCCUGUCUGUUGCUGGGCAGGUAGGGCUGGAGCCCUGUCUGUUGCUGGGCAGGUAGGGCUGGAGCCCUGUCUGUUGCUGGGCAGGAAGGGCUGGAGCCCUGUCUGUUGCUGGGCAGGAAGGGCUGGAGCCCUGUCUGUUGCUGGGCAGGAAGGGCUGGAGCCCUGUCUGUUGCUGGGCAGGAAGGGCUGGAGCCCUGUCUGUUGCUGGGCAGGAAGGGCUGGAGCCCUGUCUGUUGCUGGGCAGGAAUAGGAUGGAGCCCUGUCUGUUGCUGGGCAGGAAUAGGAUGUUUGAUUUACUCCAUACCAGAGGAAUCUCAAGCCAUCAUGUCUGUCAUCAUAUGAAGUGGCAAAAUUCCUAAAUGUUUCUAUUGUGGUCAGAUUUGCGCUUCCAUUGCUUCUCUCCCAUAAGCAUGACUGUAUCAGUUGAAGUUGAGUCUGUGGUACGUCAGUCAGACAUCAUGUCUUGUUACAGUAAGGUCAAAGGUUGUCACAUUCUGCCAUAUUCUCCUUAAGAGGAACAAGGUAUUGGAUACGUCCCAAAUGGCACCCUAUUUUCAUUACUUCUGAACCGGCCCCAUAGGGCUCUGGUUCACAGUAGUGUGCACUAUAUAGUGAGUAGGGUGCCAUUUUAGAAAAAGCCAUUGAUUCCAGCAUUUCCACACACCUUUCAUGGCGUCAAGUAACCUAGCGGUUAGUGUUGGGCCAGUAAACGAAGGUCGCUGGUUUGAAUACCCGAGCCGACAAGGUUAAAAAUAAGUCAAUGUGCCUUUGAGCAAGGCACUUAACCCUAAUUUGCUCCAGGGUCGCUGUACUACCAUGGCUGACCCUGUAAAACAACACAUUUCACUGCCCCUUUUUCCGGUGUCUGUGACAAUAAAAACACGUUUUCAUAAAUCUAGCAUCAUCACACUAACACAUUCUUCCUGGUUGAUGUCUGUCUGUAUAGUGAUUGUCUGCUCAAGUGUGUUCGUUGUGUGCUUAUUGGUUAAUGAGUCUCAUGACUCAGAGACUAUUGACUCAGUAACUGUGUGAUCCUGUAGGGUGAGAUAUGGAUGGAUGGUCUAUGUAUGAAGCACUGUGCAGAUCAAUUUAUUUUGUGAAGAUUUUUUUUUGCAAAAGUUUUCAGCAUCAUGUGCUUUUUAUCCCCUGAAGCUGAUAGGUUGUCAAGGAUCUGCGAUAUGUUCCAUUGUCAAAAUACAACAAAACCCUAAAUGAAUUGGUAAACAGAGCAGGUUAAACUUGUAGGGAAAUGCUUAGAAACAUAUUUUGAGUGGCACUGUUGAAGUUCCAUCUGCAACUGUUUGCUGGUACUAGAAAAAUAGGCUGAGUUAUAGUAUAUGGUUUGGGUGAAAUGUGUCUGAGCCUAAAUGUUUACAGAACUUUUGAAUCAAACUUCCCAUUCUUUUAAAUUGACACAUGGAAUGGGUAAAUUAAUGAAUAUAAUAUAUAUAUUAAUAUUCAUACUUACCAUGGGGAAUACCAUGGGGUAAUAUAUAUACAUAUACACACACUGAACAAAAAUUUAAAUGCAGCAUACAACAAUUUCAACAGAAUUUACUGAGUUACAGUGCAAAUAAGGAAAUAAAUGAAUUAGGCCCUUAUCUAUGGAUUUCAUAUGACUGGGCAGGGGCGCAACCAUGGGUAGGCCUGGGAGGACAUAGGCCCACCCACUUGGGAGCCAGGCCCAGCCAAUCAGAAUUCGUUUUUUCCCCCACAAAAGGGCUUUAUUACAGACAGAAAGACUCCUCAGUUCCAUCAGCUGUCCGGGUGGCUGGUCUCAGACGAUUCCGCAGGUAAAGACGCCGGAUGUGGAGGUCCUGGGCUGGCAUGGUUACACGUGGUUGUGAGGCCGGUUGGACAUACUGCCAAAUUCUUUAAAAUUAUGCCGGCUUAUGGUACAUUCAAUUCUCUGGUGGACAUUCCUGCAGUCAGCUUGCCAAUUGCACGCUCCCUCAAAACUUGAGACAUCUGUGGCAUUGUGUUGUGACAAAACGGCACAUUUUAGAGUGAACUUUUAUUGUCCCCAGCACAAGGUGCACCCGUGUAAUGAUCAUGCUGUUUAACCAGCUUCUUGAUAUGCCACAACUGUCUGGUGGAUGGAUUAUCCUGGCAAAGGAAAAAUACUCACAGGGAUGUAAAUACAUUUGUGCACAACAUUUUAGAGAAAUUAGCUUUUUGUGCAAAUGGAACAUUUCUGGGAUCUUUUAUUUCAACUCAUGAAACAUGGGACCAACACUUUACAUGUUGCGUUUAUAUUUUUGUUCAGUAAUAGCUACUCGUAGACUGCCAAACAUCUAGUCUGGGUAAGGACUAGACCUCAUAGUGUUCUGCCACUAUUUGACACAUACUAAAGUCAGGAAACAUGAAGUCUAAAUGUUCAGCCUAUAAAACUGCCUGGAGCAGCUAUAGGUGCUGUGGAACUCACCCACUCAAAACAACGUCAUGGCGACAGAGUUUACACAUUCUCUGUUUUCCGUUAUUGAUAAUAAUUGAAAUCCUUUCUACGAAUCCAUUUUAUUAAAAGUAUUUUUGUGAUGGGUGCAAUUAAGAUUGUAAUUUAUCAAAUGCUGAUUUAUUAAAAGGAUGUAAAAUGA